AUGGCUCCAGUGCUCGAUGUAGCCGGAAAGGAAAAGAAACGAGGAGCAUACAUUAACUUCCACGGAGGCGGUUGGGUGUUUGGUAAUUUAGCUGCUAAUCAUCAUGUCUGCAAGCGGAUUGUCCACGAUCUUGAAGGUGAGGUUGUUGUCUUUGACGUCGACUAUCGCCUUGCGCCCGAACACCGGUACCCAACAGCCAUCGAAGAUUGCUGGGCCGCUGUCCAAUGGGUCAGAAGCAAGGCGGAAGAGUUCAACCUAGAUCUAGCAAGGCUUGCCAUCGGGGGCGCAUCUGCAGGCGGCCAUCUUUGCGCAGUGAUAGCCCAUAUGUGCAGAGAUCACGGCUAUCCGCUGCGCCUGCAGCUGCUCCUGGUCCCGGUGAUAGAUAUGCAUAGUUCGUUCACACCGACUGGCGAAUUCGACCGUGAAAACACGCCGUACGAGUCGUACCGAGAGAUGGAGCAUACGGCUGCACUGCCUGCCGAGCGAAUGGCAUAUUUUCACCGCCACUGGCUGGGAAACCCUCAUCCGGAGAGAUCUGAAGAUGACUGGAAGAUUUCACCCAUCUUCGCCCCAAACUUCGCGAAUCUAGCGCCGGCAAUCGUGUGGACGGCCGAGAUGGACCCCCUUCGAGACGAGGGCGUCGCCUAUGUGAAGAAACUGGAGGCCGCAGGGGUCAGGGUCGAGCAUAUCCGGGUCGCUGGAGUCCCCCAUACGUUCGUCCACCUGAACGGGGUCCUGGAGGGAGGGAAGCUCUUCAUGAAGCAGUCUGUCGGCGCCCUAGCCGCCGCCCUAAGCGCUUGCGCACCCUUACGAGCCCUCGGGCGCGUUGCAUCGAAACCCGCAGCUCGAUCGUUCGCUUCUCCCCAUACUCUCCACCUCCGGAACUCCUGCCGCGCCAUAAGUAGUGCUGUCCGGCCGUCGCUCGUGUCGAACAAGUACCAGUUUACCGGAUACCACGCCCUGUCUGCGUUCAGAGGGUUUGCGUCUACAACAAGAAUGAUGGUGGGGGGUUCUCCAAUUGCAGCUUCUCCUCGUACUGAAACCGAUGCCUUUGGCGAGAUCCAGGUGCCCGGGGAUAAAUACUGGGGAGCCCAGACUCAGAGGUCCCUCGGGAACUUUGAUAUUGGACAACCACAGGACCGCAUGCCCCCUCCGAUCGUUCGUGCCCUCGGUAUCCUCAAGGGCGCUGCUGCCACGGUGAACAUGAGAUAUGGACUCGACCCUACCGUGGGUAAGGCGAUCCAGCAGGCCGCCGCUGAGGUCGCAGACCUCAAGCUGGUUGACCAUUUCCCUCUUGUUGUCUGGCAAACCGGUUCCGGCACUCAGUCAAACAUGAACGCCAACGAGGUCAUCUCCAACCGUGCAAUUGAAAUCCUUGGAGGAACCAUGGGCAGCAAGAAGCCCGUCCACCCCAAUGACCAUGUCAACAUGUCUGCCUCUUCCAAUGACACGUUCCCUACCGUCAUGCACAUUGCUGCUGUUCUGGAACUCGAGGACUCUCUUCUGCCAACCUUGACAAGCCUCAAGGAUGCACUACAGAAGAAGGUAGAGGAGUUCAACGACAUCAUCAAGAUUGGCAGGACCCAUUUGCAAGAUGCUACUCCUCUCACCCUCGGCCAGGAGUUCUCCGGCUACGUCUCCCAACUGGAGCGUAACAUCACCCGUGUUGAGAACUCUCUGCCCGACCUCCGAUUGCUGGCUCAGGGUGGUACCGCUGUCGGUACCGGCCUCAACACCUUCAAGGGUUUCGACGAGGCCAUCGCUGAGGAAGUCAGCAAGAUGACCGGCAAGCAGUUCAAGACCUCGCCCAACAAAUUCGAGGUCCUUGCUGCUCACGAUGCCGUCGUUGAAGCCUCCGGCGCACUCAACACUCUUGCCUGCUCCCUCUUCAAGAUUGCUCAGGACAUUCGCUUCCUCGGCUCUGGCCCCCGUUGCGGUCUCGGCGAGCUCCAGCUCCCUGAGAACGAGCCUGGUUCCUCCAUCAUGCCCGGAAAGGUCAACCCUACUCAGUGUGAGUCUCUCACCAUGAUCUGCGCCCAGGUUAUGGGUAACCAUGUCGCCACCACGGUUUCUGGAAUGAACGGUAACUUUGAGCUCAACGUGUUCAAGCCCGUCAUGAUCCGAAACUUGCUCCACAGUGUUCGCAUCUUGAGUGACGGAAUGAGAUCGUUUGAGAAGAACCUUGUGGCCGGCCUCGAGGCUGACCGCAAGAGAAUCGAUUCUCUUCUACACGAAAGUCUUAUGCUUGUUACUUGCCUGAACCCCGUUAUUGGCUACGAUAUGGCCUCCAAGGUCGCCAAGAACGCCCAUAAGAAGGGCCUCACCCUCAAGCAGAGUGCCAUGGAACUGAAGGCUUUGAGCGAGGAGGACUUCGAUAAACACGUUCGACCAGAGUUGAUGAUCAGCCCUAAGGAGCGCAAGUAA